UUGCAAGUCAGAGAGAAACCACAGGUUAAUCACGUGACAUUCUCUUGUUCACUUGUCGGAAGUGAAUGGUCUGUUAUAAGAAGAUUACAUUAAAACAAUGGUGAGAAUAAAGCAAUAAGUGGAUCCAAAUCAAAGAAAAAACAACUGAGGCUGGACGAUAAAGCAGAAUGAUGGAGGCACAGAGCUCCCACCCCUUCAGUGCCGAAGCCAAACAGCAGGCUGCAGAUAAUACAGCAGGGGGCCAUAAUAAUGAUAACCCACCUCUUCCAGAGCUGCGUAUGGUGCUACUAGGCCGCAAAGGAACUGGGAAAAGUUCUUCAGGAAACACAAUUCUUGGCAUGGCUGGAGGAUUUGAAAGUGGAAAGCCGACAGAGGAGUGUGUAAAAAGACGAGCUGACAUAGCAAGCUAUCGUGUUACAGUUGUGGAUACUCCAGGGUGGGAAUGGUACUAUUCUAACAAUGGCACUCCGGGCUGGGUGACAAGAGAAACAAUGAGAAGUGUGACAGUCUGUCCACCUGGACCCCAUGCUUUGCUUCUGGUGAUACGGUCCUCUGCCUCGGUCACAGAGGACUACUAUAGGCAGGUUGAAGAACACCUGGAACAUUUGGGCAAGACAGCGUGGACUCACACCAUGCUGCUAUUCACACGUGGGGAGGAACUAGGCUCCAUUCCCAUAGAACAAAGAAUACAAAAUGCGGGAAAAUCUCUUCAGAAGCUUCUUGAGAGGUGUGGAAACAGGUUCCAUGUGUUCGAAAACAAACGCUGUGGCAAAGAUGGUGCUCAGGUGAAAGAACUGAUAAGGAAAGUAGAAAAUAUGGUAAAGGAAAGAGGAGGAAGACAUUAUGAAUGUGAUCCUUUACUACUAGGGAUUGAGUUGGAGGGGAAACGGAGAGCAAGAGAAAGAAGAAAGAAACAAAGAAUAAUGGAGACUCAAGCACAAAGAGGGAUCAUAAAAGCUGUGCUGACAACUGAUAUUUCACUACCUGAGGACCUAGAUGAAGCGAGUUUGUUCUCCAGGGGCUCUCGGCGUCUCCCAGAUCUUCGACUCGUCCUCCUUGGAGAAAGAGAGACUGGAAAAAGCUCUGCUGGGAAUACCAUCCUUAGAGGGUCUACAUUGUUUCUAACAGGCCAGGCCACAGAGGAAUGUUCAAGGCAGCAAGCAGAAAUCUCUGGAAGACUGGUGACAGUAGUGGAUGUUCCUGGAUGGGAGGGUGGUCCUGAAGGAAUUACAACAGACAGAAUAAAGCGUGAGAUCUGUGCUAGUGUGACACUGUGUCCUCCUGGUCCCCAUGCCCUUCUGUUGACGCUGAGGGUGGAUGCUUUAGUCAGAGCUACAGCAGUAAAAGAGCACUUGGAGUUACUCGGGGAAGGAGUAUGGAGAUAUACCAUACUGCUAUUCACAAGAGGUGAUCAGCUGAGAGAGGGUGUUACUAUUGAACAACACAUCCAAGGAGGAGGGAGAGAUCUUCACUGGCUGAUUGAGAAGUGUGGACAAAGAUAUCAUGUCAUCAGCAGCAUUGUCUUGGAAGGUGACAGCUCCAAAGCUCAGGUAACUGCACUUUUAGAAAAGAUUGAGAAAAUGGUUUCACGUAAUCGAUGUGAGGCUUUCUCACCAGUUGUGCAGGAGAUUCAGGAGCUCGGCAAGCAAAAGAACGAAAGGGUCAAUGUAAAGCUGAAAGAAGUUAACGAAAAGCUUCAGCGGCAAGAGCUGGAGCUCAAGCGAAUGAGAGAGAGGGAAAUGAAAAGCAUCAGGCGGAUUUUUGACUGGAGGAAAGAUAAAGUCAAAUCACCAGCAAAAACAAACAGAGAAAGGGAAGAGGGAAUGGAAAGAACUGAUGAUGACAGAAAGAGCAUCAUGAGCGAGCUGGAAGAGAGGAUGGUUUGGUUAACAGAGGACAGGGAAAGAGAGAUUCAGGAGCUAAGCCUGGAAAACAGCAGACUAAUUUCAGCUCUCAAUCAGGGGUUUAGAGAGAGGAAAGAAAUUAUAAUGAAAUUAGAAGAAACAGAAAAAGAGAAUGAAGAAUUGAAAGAAAAAGCAGAUGAGCUGCAAGUUAAUGUCAUUGAGCUUAAACGUGUCAGCAUUUUAAAAGAGCAAGAAAGAAAACAUAGAGAAGAAGAGCUCAUAAAAGACCAUGAGGAUACAGAAAAUGGGAUGAAGGAGAUGCAGAAGAUGAUGGCAGAUUUAAAACAAAAAUAUGAAGAUGUUUUAAAUGAAAAUCAAGAGCAGGAGAGACGGCUAACAGAGAAAAACAAACUUGAGAAAAGGCUUGAAGAGAUACAGAAAGAGAUGGAAGUAAUUAAACUGAAAACUGAAAAUAAAGUAAGAGAGCAAGAGGAAAGAUCGAGAGAAAUGAAUGAAAAGAGGGAAACAGAGAUGACUAAGCUUAUUGAAAUGAUAGAGCAGAUGACAAAAGAAAUGGAAGAGCUGCAAGUUGCUUAUAUAGAAGAAGUGGAAGCUUCUAAAGCUGUGAAACAAAUACAUGAAAAUGCUGUAUUUAAUUACACAAAACUUGCAAAGAAACUUGAGGAAAAAGAUGGAGAAGUUGAGCAGGAGAUGGCUAAAAAUGUUGAAAUCCAAAGUAAACUGAUAGAGAAGGAUGCAGAAAUCAGUGACUUGGUUAAAAAACUCAUAGACAAAGACCAGGAGAUUGAAAUGCUGAAACAAACUAUUGAUGCUGAACAUAGAACCAUGGAAAAUGUGCAAAAUGAUAGUAAAGCAAAAAUGGCUGAAUACACUUCCAGGAUAAAAUACUGGGAGAAUGAAUACAAAGAGAUGGAAGAGUUCUUAAAACGAGAAAAUGUAUUUAUAAAAGAGGAAAUAGAGGUAAUGAAGAAUCUAAAUGAGGAGAACGCUAGAAAAAAAGAUGAAGACACAAGGAAGAUCUUAGAGGUGAAAGAGAACACUAUUAACCAUCUGAGACAACAGAAUGAAGAGAAUGGUGCCCACAUAGAAGAAUUAAAAAGGCAGCUAAAUGAAGUCCAGGUAAUGGUGAAGAAUCUAAAAAGUCAGAAUGCAGCACUCAUUCAGGAGUUAGAUGACAUUCACAUAAAAUGUGAGGACUAUAAAAGGAACCUGGAGUCCCAGAUAAUAAAUAAUGAGAGCAGAGAGAAAGAUAUUAAAGAAAUACUCAACCAAUCUGAAGAAAUGGGAAAAAUCAAAGAUGCACUGAACCAAGAGAUCAUUAAAAAAAUGGAACAUGAGAUUUGUUUGUUAAAACAGAAAAAUCAAACACAACAAAUGGAACUAGAGGUUAUGAGUGAAAUGAAAAAAGAGAUGGAGAAGAACACUGAAGAGAUGAAAAAAUACUAUGAGGAGAGACUUUCGGAAAGGAUUGCGGAAAUGGACAUUAAAGAUGCAGAGUGGGAAAAAAGACUUCACAACAGAGAGCUGGAGCUUUGCAAAAGAGAGCAAAUCUUAGGUAAAAAUAUGCAAGAGUUUGAAAGAGGAAAAAAAGAACUAACAUAUGAAAAACAGCAGCUGGAUAUAAGAGAACAUGAAGUAAGUGAAAAGGAAAACAAACUGAAAUGCCAGUGCCAAAAUAACCAGAUACUCCAAGAAAACUUAGAGAGAAGAGAAAAGGAGCUGACAGAAAGAAAAAUGGAACUUGAAAGCAAGCACAAAGAACUGAGGGAUUUAUCUGAAAAGCAGGAAGUGGAAAGAAAAAAUAUCAAGAAACAACUAGAAGAGAAAGAACUUUUCUUGAAAAAAAUGGAAGAGGAAAUUGCAGUAAAACAAACUGAUCAAGAACAAGAAUUUAAAUGCUACAGAGAGAAUUUAGACAUCCAAGAUAAGGAAUUCACCAUAAGAGAGCAACAGUUAGUUGAAUCAGAGCAGUUAUACGACUUCAAUAUGGAAAAACUGGCAAAAUGCAUGCAGGAACUGGAGCACAACAAGCAGGAUUUCGAAACGUGGCAAGCAGAACUAACUAUAAAGGAAAAUAGUCUGAUGAAAAGAUCAACUGAAUUUCAGAAAAAAGAAGAGGAACUUUUACAGAGAGAAUAUGAACUUCAAAUUAAAACCCAAGACCUGUUAGAAACAAAUAAAGAGAUUGAAGCACGUGAACAGGAGUUUUUGAAAAAGCAAGAAAUCCUGGCAGCUGCAACUGAUCAAAUGAAAAAUGAAUCAGAGACCAUCAAAGAUUCAUUAGGAAUAAGGGAGCAAGAACUAAAGAAUUUGGAGGAUUUGCUUUAUAAAAAAGAGCAAAAAUUUAAAGAUAGAGUAAAAGACUUGGAUAUGAAGGAAAAACAAAUUUUGAAAAAAUAUGCAGAGUACGAGGCUGCAGAGAAAACACUGGAAAGUAAGCAAAAAGCACAAAGAGAUUUUUCAGAAAAACAGGAAAACGAACAUGAAAACAUUAGACAACACCUUGAAGAGAACAAAAAAGAACUAAUAAAAAUGCAAGAUGAACUUUUGGUAAAACAAAGUAAUCUUAAAAAAGAAAAGAAAGACUUUGAGAGUCUCAGAGAGAAUCUUGACAACAGGGAAAAGGAAAUUAAGAAAAUAGAGCAAGAGCUCCUGAAUUCAGAAAAGUUGUGUGAAGUCAAGGCACAGGAUCUGGAGAAAUGGCAAACUGAAUUGACUAAUAAAGAAUAUGAUUUGGUUCAGCAGUUAAAUGAGCUUUAUAAAAAAGAACAGGAGCUUACACAGAGAGAAAAUAACCUUCAACUAAAGAGCCAAGAGCUACUGGGCACAAAUGAAGAGGUUAAACCAGCUCAGCAACAGCUUUUAAACAACCAACAAAACCAGAUGACUGCUGAAAAAUGGGAAAGCCAAUUAGAAGAUUUCAGAGAGACCUUGGCAAAGAGGGAGCAAGAACUGAAUAAGAAAGAGGAUGCAUUUCAGAAACGAGAGGAAAAUAUUAGGAGUGCAGAAAUAUAUUUGGAAAAGAGAGAGAUAAUUGUACAGAAAAGGGAAAAAGAGGUACAAAUGAACAAAGAGCAAAAUGACACCAUGAUAAAUGAUCUUAAGACAAAGCAAGAAAAAUUGGAAGAAAUGAAUCAUUCUUUAGAAACAAAACAGCUUAAAUUAUGUGAUCUGGAGAAAGAAAUUAACAUCAGAGAGAACAGCAUCACAAACAAAGAACAAGACCUGAGUAAGCGAUAUAAAGAAUUGGAUAUAAAGAAGCACAACAUAGAAAAACAUGAACUACAUCUAAGGUCGAGAGAUCAAGCAUUCAAGAAAACAGAACAAGAGUUGAAUGAACUGAAUGUAACACUUGAAUCCAAGAAGAAAUAUCUGGAAAAUCAUACAGCAGAAUUAGAGAGCCAGAAAAGUGAGAUAAACAUUGAGAAACAAAUGUUGCAGAUGAAGUCAUUGCAAUUGGAAAAGUGGGGGAAAUAUCUGUAUAACAAGGAGCUUAAAAUGAUCAAAAUUAAUCCAAGUCUUAAUUUUAAACCAUGGAACUAUGACAGUGCAGCAGAGGAUGACCAUAGUGUGGAAAUGGAUUCAUCAUCUGAAACCACAUACAGCGAGUUUGAGAAAGAGGAGUUAGCAUGCCCAGUUAAAAGCAGUGGACCAGAGGAUAAGAUGGAACCACAAAGGAAUGGAGCAAACAGACAGGCAACAGGCACAAUUAAUAAGGAGGAUGAGACUGAGGAAUUCUUUGAACCAGCCAGUUCUGAUGGCCAGGAGGCUCAAGGUUUAAUCUACCCACUUACUGAACUCAAGGUGAUGCUCAUAGGAGAAGCUUGGUCAUCACGCCAGUCAGCUACACACACCAUACUGGGGCAAGAUGUUAAGGUUGGCAACCUAUGGAGAGGAAACAUAUCUGGAAAGCCCAUACUAGUUGUGGAGCCCCAUGGGAUAAAAUGGAGAUGUUCCAGAGAAAUAAAUAUGAAUUUUCAAAAGGAUCUCAUGCACAGUGUUUCUCUGUGCACACCUGGACCUCAUGCCUUCAUUCUACUUCUGCCUGCUUAUUUAACCUUCACAAGUCAGUACAGGAAAGCAGUGGAGUGCACAAUGGCCACACUGGGGGAGACUGCAUGGAGGCAUACUCUUGUUCUGUUUACAUGGGCAGAGGCUCUUGGAGAAAGUGGACAACAACACAUAAAAAGGAAUGGAGACUUGGAAUGGCUCAUUCAAAAAUGUGGAGGUAGAUAUCAUGUGCUGGAUAACAGACAUAGGGAAGCUCAUAUAGUAGAACUUUUGGACAUGAUUUAUGAGAUGGUUGCAGCAAACAAUGGACAUUAUUACCAAGCACGGUGACUUAAUUUUUAAAAAUUUUUGUCACCUCAAUGACACCAAAUUAAAUAUAUUCUGGGUUGCAAAACGUUUGUAAAGAUAUUAGCAGCCAGAAAUGUUGUAAAAUCAGGAUCUGUUUUUUCAUGUAUUUUGUAUUUGUUAAUAAAUAAAUUAAUACUGUGUGGUUGUAAGUAAUACUUUUAUAGAUCUUGUAUAAUUCCUAUUCUUAAUAAUGGCAAGAAACCAAUAAAGAAUUUAA